UUGAAAAUAUUAUCCGAUAAUACCUGAUCCAAAAUAGCUGUGCUAAAUAUUAAAUGUGCUAGAUUUAAAUAUGAGGAUAAUUAUUAAAACAUAAAUAAACAAUGAAUUGUACAGCUCACACCUUAAGAUAAUGGAUUUCAAUGUGUUAUACUAUGUGUACAUCAUAACAGCUGAAUGUCAAACGAUGUCUUCGAGCACAAAGCAGGGAUACUCAUGCAACACUGACAUCAUGGAGGAUAUUUUCAAGACAUUUACUCCAAUAUGUAAUUCACUGUUCAUUUUUGAAGGGAAAAUUCAAGUUACAAAAUGAGAAACAAAAAACUUGAUUGAUUAGGCACUUCAGAUAUUGCAUUUUAUUACUUAGUUCAUUGGUUUGGUGUCUAGUUUUGAAUUACAUUUUUUUCUCUUUUUACUAAUUUCUGCACUUAAAAAAAAAAAAAAAAAAAAAACUGGAAAUUAUUUUCCUCGUGAUUACCCCUUCAGUGCUUAAAGGAUAUUUGUAUUUGAUUAGAUUCCUCCUGAACAGGGGAUAACAGAAACACAUAUCUCAGUCUGGGUAUGGUAAGUUCUGUUUAUGUUUGAGUACAUUUUAUUAACCCAUAUGUCUUAACAAGUUUACAAAUUUCUUGAAAAUGUAGCUUUUGUUAGUUUUCAUAAGUCGUCAAAAUCAGACUACCCUGGCAGGAGAUAUUGAUAUAGGUCACAGUAAUAACAUCAAGAUAUCAAAAUAUCAGUGGAAGUACUGUAUAAGCAUAAGAGCAUCUUGAGAUAGACAGGUGAUUCAAUUUAGAUUUGGUUUCAUUUUAAACUACAAGGACCUCUGUACCUCUGCCAAAACAAUCUCUCACCAAUGACUAGUAACCAGUCAUGUUUGCUGUUAUUUAAUGACUCAUGGAACAGUAGUCCUUGAUUUCCCAGCUUCUGGGUUACAGAUGUUCUGACUAGCCAGGUACCCCAAAGUGUAGCUGCCUAACUAGCACCUAACUUGUAUAAUGAUGUGCCUACUUUGUUUUCUAAUAAAGUGGAAACACCCAGUAUUAUUUUAAUGGCAACAAUAUUUUAUUGGUUUAGUUUGUAAAAUAAAAUAUUUUUUGGUGAAAAAAAAAAAAAAUGAAGCACAGCUAUGAUUUAGGGAGUGGUAGUUUUCCUUAUCAUGGACACAUUUCUUUCCAGUUAUUUAGCACAGCAGGCUCCAAUACUCAACUUCCACAGCUGUUCAUUUAUUUAAAACUAUAAAUAACCACUUACUGUGGAAUAAUAAAAACAAUUUUAGAGAAUUGCAUUUAUUUAAUCAGUUUCUGAUAUGUAUAAUACACUCUUAAAAUACCCGAUAUUUCAAUGGCAUUGGGAUAUUUCACAGGUUACUUGGCAAAAGCUUUAUUUGUGUUCUACCACAUGAAACCUUUCUACCAUAAACAAUCCCUGUUUGCUGCCAACACGCCAUUACAAGAAAAUUGAAAAAAAAAACAAACAAGAAGGCAAGACAUUUGUUGACAUUGAGCUAGUUGAAUAAAAAAAAUAAUAGAGAGUGUUAUAAUGCAUAACUAAUCAGUAAAUCAGCAUUGCUGGAAUGUGGGACCUAGGCACAUGCCAAUAGAAAUCCACAGCAAGCCUCAGUGCACAACACUUUAAUUAGGUCUCUGAUUAUCACCCAAGACUACUAUAUUGCAUGCCUAUGUUCUCCUACAAUGUGUGAUUUUACUAGCAUCAAGUCUGAUUGAGUGCACAAAAGGUUUAACCAUGGACUGUAAUGAACAGACACCAGUGAAGUAUAUCUUAGUGUGUACUGAACACUGUGCUGGGACAGAACCGCUUUAAAAACACUUACCUUUUGCUAUUGGGUUUGCACUGACAACUCUGUCAAAAAGAUUCACAGUUUAAAUAUACAGUGACCUUGAGAGACACAAUCUUUGAUUUCACCACAUCUCAGCACUACUGGAUAGCCCAUCACAAACCUUGUAAAAAAAAAUAAAUAAAAUAAAACAAAUAAAAAACAGUUUGAGGAAAUAAUGCAGUGUAGUUAAAGUAUAAGCAGAUUCAACCAAACUUUUUCAAUGUACAGCAAUCUUGUUGGUUGCAACCUUAGCAUUCACAAAUGACACAUGUUGUAGUGGUUCAGAUCCAGAGUUAUAUUAAGAGUGAGGAACAUAGUCACCCACUAUAUAUUUGACUCUUAUUGACUGACGUUUAAAAAAAAAUAAUAAUAAUAAUUCCAAUGUUGUAUAUUCUCAAAAUCAGGAACCACUCAUAUUUCAAUUCUAUAUGUUACUUUUUUUAAAUAAAAUUCGCCACUGUAAAAAAAAAAAAAAAAAAAAAAAAAAGAAAAAUGGCUUGCUCUUUAUGACGCUGUAGUCAGGCGUGAUAGGUAAUAGACCUAUGCAAUUUGUGUUCCGUCUUACAAUAGGAAUGCCAAUGCUGGUGUAAUGGCAUUAUGGGGCAAAUGGGAGACUUAUAACCUGUUUCACUAUAUAAUGGGCUGCCUAAUAACGAGGAAGCACUGCAUAAUGUAAAGACAGCGUAAUUUUACACUUUCCAUUAAAAAGCACUUCAUUUAUUUAUUUUAUUAGUCAUUACUUGUGCUGGGGUUUGACGUUACAAGGCUGGUUUACUGAACAGUUAUGCAAAAAAAAAAAAAAAAGAUGCCAGUUAACUUUAACAUUUUCCAGGCUAUCCCCUCUAUUCCUGAAUCAGAUUGAUUUAACUGACAUGUUAUGAUGGCUUCCUUGUAUGGAUAAUAAUGCGCAUCAUUCAUUAUCCCCCUCAGAGACCCAUGUUUGGAAAGGAAGUGGUUUUAGGUUUGCUUUUCUACCAUACUGUAGGAUAUGCAAUAACACUAAUGAAGCCUCCAUUAACCUACUCUGUGAUUUUUAAUGAAAUUCAGAAGGUUCUGUAGCAUAUGUAGAGACAACUAAUAUAAUAAACUGGCAGCCAUUCUGAUGAUAAAACCCCAUUAUAAGCAUUGCUUCUGGAAGCAGAAGUAACAGCAAUCAUGACUUUGCAAUACAAGAGAGCAGAUCAGAUUGAGGCAAGGUCACACCCUGGUUGGAAGUUGCUUUCGCCUGCCAUCAGCAUAAAGAAAUGCUAAAACGCCCCCCAGUAUUGAUUUCUUAAGGCAAUAAAUGAAUUGAUCUGCUGUCUCUGGUAUAGAAGCUAAACAUAACUUCUGUCUUGAGAAUGGAUUUUGAUAGAUAAUCCAUGAUAAAAUGGCUUGUUGUGCUUCUUUUGGUGCAGGAAUCUUGUCUUGUAAAAGGGCAUGUUUAAUAAGGUUAUUUUGCUAGGAUUAAAAGAUCUCAUGUUCAGUAAUACCUUGAAGUUCAGACCUUUUGAACGUGUUAGAUAUAUUUAAGAAAGGUGCUAAGGGAAUGUUCACCAAUGGUGUGUGCAACUGGUGUCCUUAUAAUGGUACAUGUGAGCAUUGUUUGCAUCAUUCACAAACACUUUUGCUGGAUUUGCAGGAAAUUACGAACAAAAGGCUCUAGCAGCGAGUGUCAAAGGUCAGUUAAACAUGUGGAUACUGACUGUUUAGAAACGAUUUAGUAAAUAUUGUAAUAUAUUUUUGCCUGGUUCAGAAGCUGUUGUUUAGUUCCUAUAUUAUGUACAAAAAUGAAAGAGGAGAAAUAGGGAAAUUGCUUUCUUUUGAGUGGGUUGUGCUUCUUGCAUGUCUCAGACUAUUUGUACACCUGUUAUUAUUAACUAACAUUUGUACAAAUGUUAGUUAAUAAGACUUUCAUUACAAUCUUAUGGUAAAAAUAUCUACUGAGACUUCAAGCAAUUAUUCAUUGGUAUAUGUAAUCAAGUUGUUGUUGUUCUCUUUUUUCUUUAAAGUUUAAAGUGCAUGUAUUUCCACAGUCCUGUAAGGUGUCUCUAACCAGGACUACACUUCUCCAGCACUGAACUCACACUAACCACCUUUAAACUCUCCCUGCAAGACGCACUUGUAGAACUGACCUUCUACCACCUCUACUGCAUUUGAUAGAUUUAAAAAGGUCUAAGAGCAUGGUGAUGGGGGAGAUGUCCAGGAGCUCCAACCGGCCCACUUCUCCAGGUUUGCAGGAGCGCGCUGUGAAAGCAGGGUGGCUGAAGAAACAGAGAAGUAUCAUAAAAAACUGGCAGCUGCGAUGGUUUGUGCUCAGGACAGAUCAGCUCUACUUCUACAAAGACAAGGAGGAAACUAAACCACAGGGCUGUAUUCCACUUCAGGGAAGUCAAGUUAAUGAACUGUUGGCCAAUCCAGAGGAGCCAGGCAAACAUCUCUUUGAAAUUGUUCCAGGUGGUGCAGGAGAGCGGGACAGAGCAGCCGUCAAUCAUGAAGCCUUUCUCCUCAUGGCCAACUCCCAGAAUGACAUGGAAGAUUGGGUGAAAGCAAUCCGACGCGUCAUUUGGGCUCCAUUUGGAGGAGGCAUAUUUGGCCAACGAUUAGAAGACACUGUACAGUACGAACAGAAGUUCGGACAGCGUCUGGCUCCAUUGAUGGUAGAACAGUGCGUAGAUUUCAUUCGAGAGAGAGGCUUGGAUGAAGAGGGAUUAUUCCGAAUGCCCGGCCAGGCAAACUUAGUAAAAGAAUUACAGGAUGCCUUUGAUUGUGGAGACAAGCCUCUUUUUGACAGUAACACUGACGUCCACACAGUCGCAUCCCUACUAAAGUUAUAUCUUCGAGAGCUGCCAGAGCCUGUUAUCCCCUUUGCCAAGUAUGAAGACUUUCUCUCCUGUGCACAGCUGUUAGCCAAGGAUGAGGUGGAGGGUAUUCAGGAGCUGGUAAACCAAGUGAAAAAUCUUCCUCAGGCCAAUUACAACCUUCUUAAGUACAUUUGCAAAUUCCUUGAUGAAGUCCAGUCCCACUCAAAUGAAAAUAAAAUGAGUGUGCAGAACCUUGCCACAGUUUUUGGGCCAAAUAUUCUACGACCUAAAUUUGAAGACCCAGUGACUAUAAUGGAAGGAACCUCGCUUGUGCAGCAUCUUAUGACAGUGCUUAUUAGCGAACAUGAACGACUUCUCACCAGUACAGAAACAGAAGCCACUGUCGCCCAGCAAGAAGAGAGACCCCUGUUUAAAUGCAACAUGGUUGAGUGGAUUUCUGAAGAUGACCUACAGGGAAGCCACUCGAAGAACAAAAGCGUGAAUCAACCUGAUGAUCUCUGCAGCAGUGCCACUUCACUUGACGUUAACAUCAGCACCCCCAUAAUGAUGUCCAAAGUUGCAUCUCAGGGAAAGGGAGAUAUACAAAGCCAAGCAGCAACCAGUCCCAGUAAACAGAUGAAGUCCCUUCCAACCUGGAAAUAUUCCUUUAAAAGUUCAGGGGGGAAAUCUAGCAGUGUUAAAUUAGGUGGCUCCUCAGUGGAUAUUCCAAAUUUGCCAUCUAGUGGAAACUGGUUAAUUAAUGGACUUUCAUCCCUCCGUGGCCAUAGAAGGACUUCAUCAGGAGACCGGGUUAAAGACUCAGGCUCCCCCCAAAGACUGUCAACAUACGACAACGUUACUGCAUCUAGUCUGAGCGUACCGAGUGUAGCCAGCACAACAUGGUCCACUUCCUCUUGUGAGAUUUCUGUUCCAGACUCUGUCAGUAGCUGCGCUGCCUGCAAUGUGAGUGACUCUUCAGGGCAGAUCUGUGGCAAAGUGGAAUGGUCUACACAAGCCUCUCAAGGGCAGAGUGACAUCAAAACUUCUGAGUUGGAGAACAGUAGCGAGGGGUUGGAAGUUUACAUUAGCAGCAUGAACUGCAGUGAACACAGUAACAUGGUGACUACAUCAAAUGACUCUGCCAGCUGUUCAAAAGCACUGACCAGCCUGGUUACAGAGCUCAGAGAGGAGCUAGGGAAACAAAAAGAGGAAUACGAGACCAGGAUAAGAAGACUUGAAGAAUCAAGUGCAGAGCUGCACGUGCAAGUCAAUAGACUUGAGGAGGAACUGGACCAAGAAAAAAAGAAAUAUGCAAUGCUUGAAAUAAAACUUCGAAACUCAGACCGGGCUCGAGACGAUGCAGAGAAAAGAAACCAACUCUUGCAAAAAGAAAUGGAAGAAUUUUUUGCUACACUCGGUGAUCUAACUCUUGGAACCAGGACAACAAACAUAUAAUCUUAAAUCUCAGAAUCCUUGGAACUGAUGAAAUUGAAUUGAUUUCCAUUGUGAACUGUGUAUUUGUAGCAUUCUGUACUCAUGUAUCAUGAGUAUUCUGAAGUAAUUUCAUGCUGUCAAUGAAUUACUGCUUUA